ACUAACAAAUGCGGCUGAGAUUGAUUGGAAAUCGGGGUUUAGGGUUUUCAGAUUCUGUUCAAGAUUUGAUUCAUUAAUUAUCAAAUCCACUCAAGGGGUUUUCAGCAUUCACUCUGAUUUCAUAGUGGUUGGUUUCAAUUUUCAUUUCCAAUCUGUUUAGGUUUUAAACAAUACAUUUCUGAGCUUCCAUCCGCUUCAUAGAAUCAUGUACUACUUCUACAAUCAUUCCACCAUUUUAUAUAUCAGAAUGAAAUCUCCUCAACUCCAGUGGUAUGUGCAGUGAUCAGAAGAAGCAAAGAUUUCAAUUUUGGGGUUCAAGAUUUCAGAAAUUGGAUUUUAGGGUUCAAGCGCUGCACUUGAAGUUCAUCCAUUUCUACACUCAAUAGGUACUGCUUCCUUAUCCAUCUUUCAAUUUUGGGGUUUUCUAAGUUUAUUAAAGUUUUAUUGUUAAAAAAUGGAAGAAGCAAGAAAUGCAUCAUGUAUUAAUGGGGAAGAUAGAAUUAGUAGGUUACAAGAUGAACUAAUUCAUUAUAUCAUGUCAUUCAUCGAUACGAAAGUUGCUGUUCAGACUUGUGUAUUGUCAAAAAGGUGGAUUCAUAUGUGGAAAUCUCUACCUUUUCUGAACAUGAAUAGGAAUUCAUUUUCGAACGAAAAAAAUACACAAGUUCAUAAUGUUUGUAGACAUGGUAUUCCUUCUUCGCAAAGACAUUGACAUCCAGAGGUUUAAGAUACGUUGGGAUAACUCUGUGUAUGAUGAUUCAGUGAUAGUGCAUGUUAAUAGAUGGAGCCUUAUUGCUGCCGUUAAGCACAAUGUUCAAGAAAUAAUGAUAGCAAUCACUCACUGUCGUAAUUUGGCAUAUGAAAUUCCAUACCAUAUCCUGAAUUGCAAAUCACUGAGAAAGUUGGAAAUGCAAGUGUUUAGUAAUGCCAGUUAUGUAGAGAUGAUUCUACCAAGAUCAAUGAAUUUACCUCAGCUUAAACUACUGUCCUUCACUGGUGUCUCAAUCUCCAAUGCAGAAGCAUCUAAAAGACUCUUUUCUAGUUGUCCAGUUCUUGAAACGUUACGCUUAGUUGAUUGUGAUGUACAAACUGAUGAUCAGAAGAAUUUGAUUGUUGAUUCCCUCAGCCUUAAGGAGUUUGAAUAUAGCCAUCGUCGUAAAUAUCUUUUACGCGAUAAUGAUACAAUGGCUAACAUUAUCAGGUUAUGUGCUCCAAAUCUGGAAGUCUUCACUUGCAAAUCUUUCUUGAGACAAGAUUAUUCUCUAGAAAACUCUUUUCCACUAUCCAGGGUAAAUUUUAACAUGAAACUCAAAGCAAAAAAAGAAGAUGAGAAUGCAGAAGCGUAUUCAAAUCUGCAGUCAACGGAAAAAGAAGUUCAUGGUAAACGUAUGAUGCAAUUUCUAAGAGCGGUUUAUUUGGUGACAGGAAUGAGGUUAUCAUCACCUGGUUUCCUUGAGGUUUUCUCACGAGCACCCGACUCAUUAGACUGUCAACCACCUCGCUUAUGUAAUCUGAAGUAUUUGACAUUGGAAAUGUGGUGUACAAGAAGUUGUUUGCGUGCUAUAGCAUAUUUACUCAAGAUAUCUCCUCAUAUAACUCAAUUAUUGCUUAAAAACAAGGAGUCAAAUCUAGCGGACGUUGGAGAUGGUUGGGAAGCAGGAUUGUCAUCGCCGGGAAUGUUGUCUCACCUUGAGCUUGUCGGGAUUAUUGAAGUUGAAGGAUGUGAUAAUGAACUCAAAUUUCUCAGGUUUUUGUUGAAAAAUGCGAUGGCCCUGAAGACUGUGGUACUGUAUCCUCGUUCUACUGUUGCAUCUCCCGAUAGAGUGAGAAAGCAAUUUCUGGUUAAGCUAAGAGCAUCUCCAAGAGCUUCUUCAUGCAUCAUAGUGCACUGGGAAGCAGCAAAUAGUACGCACCUCAUAUGAUAAAUCAACAAGAUACAUUGUACGUACUGAAACAAUGAAAUGACAUGACUUCCCUUGCCUGAUCUCUUAGUUCGAGGUUUCUUUCUUUAACUAAUUAUAAUUACUUUUGUUUCGUUUUUGGUUAUGCGUCUUUAUCUGUGAAAAACAAAGGAUUGGAAUGUCUAGUGAUCCUAUUCUCUAACU